UGUUUUGGAAUAGGUACAAGAAGGGGAUCCCCUCACAUUGUACGACCAUUCAUGAUCCACGGCCACACGAUCGAUCACUUUCUGCCGCAGCGUGUGUUGAGAUCCAGCUAGCUAGCCGGCCAUGAAGGUGACUGUGAAGACCAUAGAUGCCCAGAGCAUUCAGUUGGACGUGGAGCCAGAUCUGACUGUGAAUGAGCUCAAGAUUGCUAUUUUGGAGAAAUUGGACGCUGUGGGAAAGCAAAUACGACUGAUUUGGCGAGGGAAGGUACUCAAUGACGACAAGAAGUUGAGCGAAUAUGCAAGUGACGAACUCAUGCUCCACCUGGUGUACAGACCACCCCCCAGGGAGGAUGGCACUAAUGAGGGGGCGGAGCCUGAUGGGGCCACACCCCCUCCCCCUCCUCGGGUAAUUGACCACACCCACGAAGUCAUGUUCGUACAAGGUGACUCUGCAGACAUUCCAGCCAGUAUCACAGAAAUCACUCAGGGGCUGGUGGACAGAGUGCUGGGUUCACUCAAUGCUCAGGGUGCACGAGGCACCGUCACUGCCACUGCAUCGUCUAUUGAUUCAACCGGACGUAGGGAGACUGCACAAGUGUCCGCUUCCACUAGGGAGGCUAAACCAACACUUCCUAUCGCUGAUCCCACACCCCCCACACCAUCACAGCCGCCCCCACAACCACCCCCUGCAGCGGAGGCCACACAGACAGCUGAGGCCACACCCCCAGCAGAGGCCACACAGACAGCUGAGGCCACACCCCCAGCAGACCCCCCACCCACUGAAGAGGAGGACAAGGAAAAAGAGGCACGGGAACAGCGGGAGAUGAUACAAGAAUAUAAAACACAGAAGAAUAUUCGAAGUCAUGUGAAAGAUGCUUAUCGUACUCUUCAGCAUGCUGAUAGGGUGUUGCUAAGAUAUAAGAAAGCGUCGGCUCGUGCAGAUGGUCAGACUGUGGAUCCGGACGAGGAUAUUGAGACAAUUCAUGACGUCAAUCGUGUGCUUGCUUACAACAACGGAACAACAAGUGCGAGUAUCUACGUGACACUGUUGAACUAUCAGGAGGACCUGUUCGCACGAGCUCGCCCACUCACCCGUCACAUGACUGACACCAUCCAACGCAGCCAACCACACCAAGAGCUGGAGGCUUGGAAAGAGGCCCAGAUUGCUCAGACUGUACGAGAGUUCAACUAUUACAUGGGCCAUGCUGCUGUCUCUCUGUCACGCCUUCAUGUCAACAUGUUUGCCCCUCCCCCACGAGUCAUCGUCUCCACACCCCCCAAGACCACAGAGAUGAGGGGGAUCAUGUCACAGAUGAGGUCCAUGCAUGCUGCACCCCGUCCCCCCUCCGGCUAUGUGAUUGAGAUUACGCAUAACGAUGAGAGUGGGCAGGAGCGGACCACUCGAGCACGACUAGACACUGGGGGUCGUCCAGGGGGUCUCUUUGGUGGCCUCGGUGGUGGUGGUGGUGGUGGUAUGGGACUUGGCGGAAUGGGGAUGGGGCUUGGUGGAAUGGGAAUGGGAAUGGGAAUGGGAGGUGGUCUGGCCGAGCUGCUACGGCAACGAGUGGAGCGUGACGAACAAGAGGAGGAAGAAAAGAAAGAAACAGAUACUGGCACGGAGGGAGCGAAACCAAUGGAGACAGAACCAAGCAUGCCCAGUACGUCUAAAAAUGGCAGCAAACGAGAAUCAGAGGAGGAGCAUAUGGAUACUAGCACACCCCCUGCCAAGAAGCCGUCCAUUGACCCCGAUGAAUCCCAGCCAAAGCCAACAGCUGCUACUAGUGGGUCGACCUCUGACCCCUCUGCUGCUUCUGGAGGGGGAGCUGAUAAAUCUGAACCUGCCAAGUCCGAGGGUGGCGAUGAUAAAGAGGGCGUGGCCACAGAGGAUGAAGAGGGCGUGGCCACGGAGGGAGAGGAACGAGAGCUAACGCAGAUAGAGAAGGACAUAUCAGAAUAUCUGGCACGACUGGUUGCUCAUAUUGUGGCUGGGACUCCAAUGCUGCCGCCAAGCAUGAGGGGGGAGGCAGGUGAGGCCUCUGGAGGUGAUAAAAAAGAAGAGAAUGAUGAGAAAGAGCUGACGUUUGCGCAGAGAUUUGCCGGACCACCAGGUACAAAGGUUAAAAUUCGGCAGCCUCCCCAGCGUCCAAUGUUCCCGGGUAUGGCUCCUAUGGAAGGACCUUCCAUCACUAUUGACAACCCAGGGGACGGCGCUGAGCCAGAGAUGAACGUUGAUUUCCCGAUGCCCCCUGCUCUUCAGUUCCUCCGUAAUCUCCUCACGAGGGAUUCUGACAGCGAUUCAGAAGAUGAAGAUGGAGAUAAGAAAGAAGGAAAGGAUGAUGAGAAGGGCGAGGCUGGUGCUAGUAACGUUGAGGGUUCAAAGUCCACCGCUGCUGAGGGGUCAAAGUCCGAUGACGAGGGGUCGAUGUCCACAGACAAGGAUGAAGAUCGACCUCUGUUUGGAAGAAAGAAAACACCUCGUAAACCAGAUGAGGAGCCCCCCUCCCGAGAGCUGUGGGGGGUAGACAGGGACGAGGUGGAGUCUCUAUCUGACGCUGGUAGUAUGGACUCAUUGGACUCUGAUCACGAGAUCCCGCCCAUUCACCCCCCAGUCAUAGCACCCGCCACUGGGGCACAGGCCGAAGCAGGUGCUGUGGUUCGUGAGUCUAUGCUGCACACGUUCACUCAGCUGCGACAACGCUAUGUUGGAGCCUCUACACAAGCGGAGACUGUCGAGGAUGAUAUGGGCAUGGUGGAGAAACUACUGCAGGACAUCUCCAAGGAGCUAUCAGUGCUGGAGGUCAUGAGUGUGUUCAAUGGAGCUACUGCACCUCUGGAGCGAUUGCAGCCGCUCCUCCGCGAGUUCUUAAGAGAGAAGCUGCUCUUUGGGAGCUUGCCAGACAUUGGGAAGGAAGAGACGGCAGUCAAGAACUUCACACAAGGCUGUCUGUCAAGUCUUAGAGCCGUAGAGGACCAGCUGCCUCUGAGGGACGCGGGUAUUGACUUCCCCAUGACAAUCUAUCGACUGUUCUCCAGUCAGUUCAGAGCAGCCUACUUGCUCAUAAUCAGAGACUACCCAGGAGAGGGAGGCGCUGUGUUUGCUCAGGCACUCUCACACUGGGCCAAGAGCUCCAGUGCUUUGUUUGGACAAGUACUGCGACACUGCAUCAAUGGAGAGCAAUACUUUGAGGAUCUUGUUAAAAUGCUUGUGAACACACUGUUCCCGCCCACCACACCUCCACUCAUUCUGAAUAUGUGCAACUCAACCAUCCAUCGACAGCUGUCCAGGGUCAAAGGUCGCCCGUCCAAGUCCCCCAAGGAGCUGGAUGCGUACAUUGUGUGGAAGGAAUGUGCCACGCCCACUCCUAACAAAAGCUACGAGCUUAGUCAGUUUCUGGCUGACCAAUCAGAAUUCAGCUCUAGCAUGCCGACAGUGUUUCUUCACAACGUUGUCCCCGAGGGUAUAGAGGUCACUGGACCUCCCACAGAGCCCCUUGCUGGACCCCCUGCGGAGGACCCACCCCCUGGUCAUGUACCACAGAGCUGGGGAACAGCGGCCAUACGAGACAAGAAACAGAUGGACACUAAGAGAACCAUGCCGUUCUCUGAUGCUUACCUAGCUGGCAUGCCCUCCAAGAAGAGGAAGCAGUUGGAUAUGAGCAAGCCUCAAGCAGUGCCAGCCGACACUCUAGUGGGUACACUCGUUACCAACGCGACCUCUGACCUCACCCCCCUCCGAGGGAGGAGCAAUGAGGAGGUGAGGGACGCUCUCCUGGCUAACACACAGGGUCUGGCUGAUGCUAUAAGAGAGGACAUUCAGCGCGGUGUGGCACGACGUCUCUUGGAGGACACACAUUUCAUCAGAGAGAAGUAUCCCAAGAGUUGUGAAUAUUUCCAGCUACCCCCCACAUAGCUGCGAUCUGCCCGGGGGGUCCACAUUGACUGUGUACUAACACUUGUAGUUUGAAUUGAAUUAUUAAGCAAUUUAUUUGGAACAUCGUGAUUAUUUUGCACACCUUGUUAGAUCAUUUAAAUAAUUUUUGACACAAAUUAUUAUUAAUCAAUUGUUUGUCACGAGUUCUCUG